AUGAAGUUGACCAAGGCCCUCUUCUUCGCCACCGUCACCUCGGCCGGCAUCAUCGACAAGCUGGAGUUCCCAGAGGCCAAGCUUGCCAUGGUUAACAUUUCGUCGGCAGUGCAAAGCUUCCGUGCGCAAGUCGAAAGCGGCAAUGACGACGCCCUCCCCGGUGCCGCCAACGCCGUCCUCCAGACGAUCCACGGCAGCCUUCUCGCCGUGACGAGGGAAAUCGUCACCUUCAAGGAAGAGACGGCCAGGGUCAUGGCCGCCGACUUGCAAUCCCUACCGCAGCAGUUCGCCAGCCUCCAGGGCCCUCUCAGGAACAAAAGAUCGUCUCUCGCCCGUGCCAACGCUUGCGGCAGUGUUUGCGAAUUUCUCGACGAUUGCGCCCGACUCACCGCCGCCUUCUUCCGCUCCCUGGCUUGGAGGAUGCCGGAGGAUAAUUCCAAGGCCAGGGUGGCGGCCGAAAGCCACCAGGGUGAAUUUAUCAAGGUCAUGGACGGGCUGAAGGCGGAUUUCGUCCAGAGCCUGUGCUUGGAUGUGGCACUUCCGUGGAGCUGGCUGUCGAAUUCUACCGAUCGCUACCUGUACAUAUUAUAA